AUGGGGACAGUUGGUGACUUUCUUGUGCUGCCGUCGGCGGUGCUUGGCCUCUGGCCGCUUGGUCCUCACGCCAACGCCGCCGCCUCCUCUCCCACUCGCCCGCACUCGGGCCUCGAGCUGGGAACCCAAUCCGUGCGCGACAGACGGCCGCCUGCAGUGCGCGUCCAAUCACGACGGCGGCGGCGGCGUGCAGCGAGUGGCCCCGGGGUCGUAAGCGCCGUGGACGUCCUGGCGACGGCGUGCUCGCUCGUCUCAACGGUGGAGGUUGAUCGCGGGCCCAAGACAGUUGAAAUCGCUGAAAUCUCCGUCAACCUGACUCAACUGGCCUGUCGUCCGCCGCCGUGGGCACCAACACCGCGCUGGAACCGUGCUGGAGCCGUGGAUGGCGGCUUCUCCGCAGCCUAUCUCCCCGGGAACUUCGCGGGAGCUUCGCGGGCGCGUCACGGCUCCCUGCCAUCACUUCCACAGCGCUGGGGGCGCCCUCAGGAUCGUGGGCCGCUUUGGGACAUGGCAGAAGGGCAGGCGUCGGCAGUUUCAUCUGGUCUUUGCAGCCUGCAUCAUGCGGAGCUACUGCAGCAGGGCCGCUCUUCACAUAGCCAUCUGCGAAACGACUCCAACCUGGACGACCUCUCCCUUGCAGCAACUUUGCCCCGGCUGACUCUCGUCGGUGUGAGUGUCAGUGAGAGGAAACAGACCCGCAACCUACGUGGCCCUCUUGCGCCAAAUGAAGGCAGGAACACUGUGCCGGAAUCUCAAUAG